UGGUAGAAAAAUGAAGGCAACAACCACUAAAAUUCUAUCUUUUUCAUCGAUCAUAUUGUUGAUAACGUUAUUAUUUAGCAAUAUUGUGCAUCAUAAUUACUACCAUGAUAGUGCGAUGUUCUGCAGGACUGAAACCUGUGAUAAAUAUAGUGAAAAUGUACUUAAAUUAAUGAAUAAUUCGGUUGAUCCAUGUGACAACUUUUAUCAAUAUGCAUGUGGAACAAUGAUUCGGGAUCAAAAUGAUUCCCAAAUACAUUUUUUUACAAAAGAUUUGCAAAACGGAGUUUAUGAUCAAGUCAGAUAUAUCCUUGAAAAUGGAUGGGAUAAAAGGAAAAAAAAGAAAAAUAGAAAAAUUGUUAAAUCUAAAUCGUUAGCAGUGGAAUGGGNGGCGAUUCGAAUCUAUCAACAAUGCUUACAUAGACCAAAACCAGAUGAUGUUUUGCAAACAUUUGAUAAACUAUGGAAUAGUCUGCCGAUUUCACCAGAAUUAUCAUGGCCAUUGGAAUCGAAUAACAUUUCAAUAAAUAUGAAUUGGCUAGAUUUUUAUGCACACUAUUCAAAUAUUUUUGGUCAUGAACCAUUAUUCAGAGUUGGUUUUAAUUUAGGAUAUGUCCCUACAAUCAUGAUUGUUUUUCGUUCUUUGAAAAAUGCUACUCAUGAUUAUCAUAUUUUGUACAAUUUAGUCACGAAAAACAAUACAAAGAAAAUGAAUAAUGAGAAAUAUCAAAAAAUUGUCGAUGAAGUGAUUGAUUUUGAGGACAAGAUUACAAAUUUUAAAAAAGGGAAAAGAACAGGUCAAAUAUUUUUAAAAGAUUUGGAAUCUGCUACGGGUUUGAAUUGGAAAAGUUUUUUUAAAAUAACAUAUGAUGUGGGAAAAUCAUUGGAGAAUGGGAAAAAUUCUACGAAUUUCAGUGGCGAUGAAAUAAUUUGGGUUGGACGACAAUAA